GAUGGAUUGUACUCUGCAAGUGAACAUGUGACGUCUCUUACUUUUCUAAGAAAUCGUGAAUAUUAUGUACAACGUUUCUGUCAAGUUUAAAUAUGACGCCAAGCAGAUUAACUCUCUACUUUCCAAUUCUGCCGUCAAUCAGAUUAUGUUCGCUUUAUUUCCAAACCUAACACCUGAAGAUGAUUAAGAAAACUGCCAAAGCAAGUUGCAUGA